AGCCAGUAGUGAUGCUGCGUGAGUUUAAAAUUAAAUUCCCGAUUUGGGGAAAAUGCAAAUAUGCAUAAAGUUCAACCGACGCUAGGGAUGUGCGAUGUGUUGGGAAUGUGUAAGCAUGGAACAGGAAUAAAUGUGUUAUUUGAGGAAUAGAAACACUGAAUGGUUAGAACCGGUGAGAUAACAAUUGCGGGAAGCAACAUAUCACAGAGUCGAGCCUUCUUCAGAAACAAAAUCUGAACUUCUGAACACAGCUGACCGGAUGAUUUCAUUCACAGAAGAUAUUGAAUGAUAAAUAUGGAUUAUUGAGUGAUCUGUGCAAGAUGUGCUUUCGUUUGUGUCUUUAGAUAUGUUACAGUGAUCAGGUUUAUCAUCGUAUGUUGAUGAUCGUUACCCAAAAUUUGUAUAUUCGGGUGACAUUGACCGUGGAAAGCGAAACGUACAAACGUCGAGACCUAUCCACACUAUUGAAAAGUUGCAGAACAGUAAAAACUGAAGACGUUGCAUCAUGUAUCGGAAACGUAUUAACUAUAUUGGAUGUUGUAUACUAACAACAAUACUAUCCGUAUUCUGCAUAUCGCAUGCAAAAGAAAUAAGUAACCCCAUAAUGCUGAACCGCGAUUUGAUUCAAAUGUUGGAAAACGGUGGCUCCGAUACGCGCCAACCUUCGCGUAUUUUUCUACCACCAAAAUUUUACUCCCCGAGUGCCUUCGGCGGUGGGCCGCACGAUGGAAUUUCUGAAGAGGAUUUUGGCAAAAAUCUUAAACGUUGGAUGGAGUUAGUUUACGAUGACGGCCUUUUUAACCGUAAACCAUCAACAUCAUCGCCAUCGAGAUUCACGCAGCCACCCACAGCCACCACCUCACAGCCCUCACGACCCAACUCAAUUUCGUAUUCUGAUGGCGAGGUCGGAAAUCGCAAAAAAGGAAGCGAAGUAUUAGAGAAAAAAUCUGCAAUAAAUUUCAAAUCGUCCUUACCGUCGUCGUUAGCACCUUCUGAUUCUGCUCGGGCGCCAUUCGCGUCAAUCGCAGCAGAUCAGACUGCGAGUGAGAGACACAACCCCAGCAAACGUACGGAUGGAUCUACAAUAUCCUACAACCUUCGCUCGGCACUGCCUGGAGAGCCAGAUGUUGACUAUCCGAUUCUCGGGCGGAUUCCAGAAACCGGCUUCAAGUGCCACCAAAGGCAGGAUGGAUAUUAUGCUGACGAGAAGACACGCUGUCAGGUAUUCCGAGUAUGUGCCAAUACAGAUGACACUGGAAGCGGUUUCGCCUUUCUUUGCCCUAAUGGAACAUUGUUCAACCAAAAAUACUUGGUCUGUGAUUGGUAUACGAAUGUUCGCUGCGAGGAGACUGCGAACUAUUACAAAAUCAAUGAGAGGAUAGGUAAAACAGUCUCCAGCUUCAGUAAAAUGAUGAUGACGGUAAUGUCAAUGGUUAGUUUCCCAAUGAUGUCAACCUUGCUGGCAAAUGGUGGUUUCAGCUUUGGAAAGACAGAGUUCUCAAAUUUCCAAGCUCAUCGGAAGAAUAACGCCAACGCUGAAGAACGGGAAAUGUUACUUCAAUCUGUUGUAACGAAGGACGGGGAUGGAGAACGGAUAAAUGAUUCACCGAGAGAGGAAAAUUACAAUUCUCAUUCAAUGGCUAAUUUGCCAGCUGUGUUCAAAGAACAACCAUUACCGCAGCAAGUGUAUGUAUCCAGCUUAGGAACACUUUCCACCGACCCGCAGUCGGGUUUUGAUCCAGAAAAAUCCACCAUUCUCACACCGCAAACCGAAGAAAACCUGUCGCAGCACAUGUGGAAAGAUGACAGACAUUUCUUAUCGUUGAAUCAGCAUCAUUUUAUCGAAGAGAUCUUCCUGACACCUCCGAUUGGUAGCGCCGAAUACGAACCGUUUUUGACGGAUGUGCUGACCUCGUGGGCUAGAUCCGGUAUAGCAAAGAUACCGACCCCUGCGGUACAAGUUGUGCAACCAAUACUACCUCCGUCAGGCGUCCUUCCGUCGUCACCGGUAUCGUUCCACAGUCGGAGACCUCCUAACGCUGCGCGGACUUCUCAAAUUGUGGAGGUGCCGUCAUCUCCAUUCAACCCAAAUCCUGCAACUGUACAGGAUGUCUACCGCGUGGAUAAGGCUUUCGUCACAUCGCAAACCUAUUAUCCGUUCAAUUAUUCCCCACCCACCGAGAUUGACUACCCUAGCUUGCAACCAAUCACUUCCCGAGCUGUUCAGCAACAUAAAAAAGAUGCUUUGCCUUAUAACGGUCAGGAGUAUGACGAUGUACUUCCUACUUAUAGCUAUCAUCUGAAUGAAGGUCAUGAUCGACAAUUAUACAGGAAUGGGCUAGAGAUCGCCUCGCUAGGGUUAACGGAAACAGAAAGUAUUCAAGCUCAGGUUGCACAUAUCGGUUACUACGAAGGACCGUCAUCGCACGACGAUGGUUUGUUUUAUUUUGCCAGCUUUGCAGAUGGCUUUAAAUAGCUUGGCAGAUUUUUGAAGAAGGUAUUCUUCCUUUGUAGUUGGUAUCUAACAACAGUAUGGAAUAGUCUAUAUUAUGUGAU